CGCCGCUAGGGGACAGCGUGCAGGGAGCGGGCGAUUUCCCAGGCCCUCCCCCCUCGGCUGCGGGAAUGCUAAAGCGUGGCAGGGGCCGGCCCGGGAAGCGGAGGAGGCGGGUCUCCAUAGAAACCUCCACCUGUUUCCGGCCAGGCUGGGUGAAAUUAGGGGCUGUUGCGGGGGCCAAUCUCAGCCAGCUCGCUUCUUCCCGGCGGCCCCUGCGGGAGCGGUGGGUGUUGUACACAAUCAUCAUGGCGGCGGCCGGAGCCCCGGAUGGCAUGGACACGGAGGCCGAGGCUGUGACCACCGAGGGGGGUGCGGGCAGGGAGCUGGUGGAUCUGAAGAUAAUUUGGAACAAGACUAAGCACGACGUGAAGGUCCCUUUGGACAGCACGGGUUCCGAGCUAAAGCAGAAGAUUCACUCCAUUACAGGUCUCCCACCUGCCAUGCAGAAGGUCAUGUAUAAGGGACUUGUUCCUGAAGAUAAAACGUUGAGAGAAAUAAAAGUGACCAGUGGAGCCAAGAUCAUGGUGGUUGGCUCUACUAUAAAUGAUGUUUUAGCAGUAAACACCCCCAAAGAUGCUGCCCAGCAGGAUGCAAAGGCUGAAGAAAACAAGAAGGAGCCCCUCUGCAGGCAGAAGCAACACAGGAAAGUUUUGGACAAAGGAAAACCUGAAGAUGUGAUGCCAUCUGUUAAGGGUGCCCAGGAGCGUCUGCCAACGGUACCCUUGUCUGGCAUGUAUAAUAAGUCUGGAGGGAAAGUGAGACUCACUUUUAAGCUAGAGCAAGACCAGCUGUGGAUCGGCACUAAAGAGCGGACUGAGAAACUCCCCAUGGGGUCCAUUAAAAACGUGGUCAGUGAACCUAUAGAAGGACAUGAAGACUACCACAUGAUGGCGUUUCAGUUGGGCCCCACGGAAGCCUCUUACUACUGGGUGUACUGGGUUCCAACUCAAUAUGUGGAUGCAAUCAAAGACACUGUGCUGGGCAAGUGGCAGUAUUUUUGAAAGCACUUUCACCUCUGGCCCAGGAGACUGAUCCAAAGUGAAGGACAUUGCCGGGAGAGGUCUGCAGCAUCCCUGGAUUGCAGAGUUCUGGGACUUUGUUCACACACAAAAAAAAUCUCUAUUCAAUCUGAGGUGAUGUGGUGACUGAAGCCAGAGGUGAUGUACUUUCACCGUUAGCUUAAUUUGAACUUAAAAUCACCGGUUCCCUUUCUUGCAGUCAGCUUACCAUUUUAAAAGUCAGUAUGGUGGAAAUUAAUAAAUCCAAGUUUCGAACAUG